AUGAUCAGGACAGUCACAACCCAUCACAAUGAGGCCGACAAGAAUUGGGAGUCAUUAUGCAGUACUCCUACCGAUGAAUACAGCGAGCAGCCCAGUGCAUUUGGAUACAGCCCCACCGGCUUUACUAGAGAUGUUGACAGCGGAUCAGACUCGCUCGAAAAGCCUGCAUUCUCGUACAACACGCGUCCAGUACCUGGCAACACAUUCUUGGUAGCUGGCAAUAUGUCUGAAAGCAACAUCGAAGCGAAGGGCGAGAUGCAGACGCCUGAUAUGUGGAAACCGCAAAAGAAAGAGCUGCUCAUCAUGGUCAGCUUGAGCUUCAUAUCGUUGAUGGUGGCGCUGGAUGCUACAAUCCUGGUCACGGUAUUACCUGUAAUUGCCCAGAAGCUGAACGGUACCGCUGCUGAAGCUUUCUGGACAGGAACGUCGUAUCUACUCACCUCGGCCAUCUUUCAACCAGUCAUUGCAUCAGUCUCCGCUGUCUUUGGUCGUCAACAACUUCUCAUCACCUCGCUACUUUUCUUCACGACAGGUACCAUCCUAUGUUCCGUCGCGGACAACUUCACUACGUUGCUCGGAGGGAGAUGCAUCCAAGGAAUCGGCGGCGGCGGAAUCAUAACGUUGACGCAAGUUAUCUUUUGCGACAUUGUUCCCUUGAGACAGCGCCCGAAGUACUUCUCCAUGGUUCUUGGUUGCUGGAGUAUUGGAUCGAUCGUCGGUCCAGUAGUUGGUGGUAAACUUGUCGAAAGCACCACUUGGCGAUGGGCAUUUCACAUCAAUUACCCGUUUUGUGGAAUCGGCUUCAUUGUAGCAAUCUUCUUCGUCCACCUCGAUGCAACGUCGAAGCUCACGUUUCAGGAGAAACUCAAGCGAGUUGACUGGCUGGGUGCGAUGCUCUUCAUUGGCAGCAUGACAAGCUUGCUCAUUGGAAUAUCUUGGGGCGGUAUUCAACAUCCGUGGGACUCAGCUGCAACACUUGCGCCCAUCAUUGCGGGACUGGUAGGGAUUGCUCUGUUCUUCUUAUGGCAGGUUUACAGGAAGGAGCACACCCUGUUGCCGCUGGCAGUUUUUGGCAGCUGGAGCGCGAUUGCCGCUUUCUACAACUCGCUGAUCAACGGCCUGCUCCUCUUCACCACCUUAUACUACUGGCCGUUUUACGACAUGAGUGUUCGGGGCAGAUAUCCAACUCAAGCAGGUGUUGAUAUGCUGCCUGUCUGCCUCCUCACAGUGCCUAGUUCUGUCGCAGUUUCAGUUUUGACGUCGCGCCUAGGACGAUUUCGAUGGGCAAUCUGGGGUGGUUGGGUCAUCACUACGCUUGCUUGCGGAUUGCAAAUCCUUCUCGAUGUGGAUUCGACAACUGUGAUUACCUCAGUGUUCCUUGCCGUCCUUGGUAUUGGCAUGGGCAUGGUACUUACAAGCCUCAAUGUUGGCAUCCAGGCUAUUUCCAAGCCGGAAGACGCGGCGAUGGCCGCAAGUAUGUACGGCUUUCUCCGAAGUCUAGGAAUGCCGCUCGGUGUUGCCCUCGCAGGAACCAUUUUCUCGAACUCAAUGUCAGACAAACUUUCUGAGCUUGGUCUGCCUACAUCGAUCGCUCACGACUCCGAGCAAUAUAUCUUCGUCCUACGUACUAUGGCCGAUUCUCCCCAGAAGAGUGCCAUCUUAUCGUCGUAUAUGAAAGGUUUCGAUUCGGUCUUCAUCAUGACCACAGCUGUUUCCGCUAGCGCCCUAGUCGUCAGCUUGAUCAUUAGAAAGUACAGUAUGGAUAAGAUUCUUCUCGCGCAAUUUUCCGCGCGAUGA